UCUUUCGUUCAUGCAGCGAUGGCAACAUGUUGAUUCAGUAGAUGAAAGUGGCCAUAAUUAUUUGAUUAUUAUUUGUUUGAACAUAUCAUCUAUUUUUCUGGCCGACAACAAAUAAUUUUAGAAUGGCUACCCCUAUCACAACAAAAAUAGUUCUGAAGAAUACGACGAAAAUGAGUCUAAACGAAAGAUUCACUGCAUAUCGUGCCGAAGCGCAGUCAGCUGCUAAUACCUACCGUCAAAAAAUACAGAUGCAGAGGCAAGCCACAUCUGCGAAUCUUAGACUUGCACAACAAAUGGCAAAUCGUCCCACAGUGAUAGCAGCAUUGAGAUUGAAGAAAAGAAGCUUGCAGCAGAGACUUGGCCGAAGACAGCAGUCGGCUUCAAAUGUUAAAGCGAGACUCAACCUCAGUGGUAAACGACUAACCUAUAAUUCACUGCAAGGGCGGCUUGGAGCUUUUAGAGGACGAGGGGCAAAUCGUCGAGGAGGAUUCAAACCCGGCACUUCACCCUUGUUGAAGGCAAGAUUAGGUACCACCACAAGAUCAUUCAGUUAUGCUUCCCAGCCAAAUCAACGAUUGGGAUUCCGUAAAAGGGGCAAUUUUCAAGGAGGCAAUCGUCAAGCCAGAGUUGGCAACCGCUUGCAGAUACCAAGAAAUGGUCGAGGUGGACGAAGUAACAGAGGUGGGGGUGGACGAGGAAGACUUGGCAAAGGACGUUGGGGCAAAGACUCUAAUGCUGUGCUUCCAACUAAACAAGAACUUGACAAUCAGCUUGAUGAAUACAUGGCAGAAACGAAGGGGUCUCUUGAUGCACAGUUAGGUCAGUACAUGUCCCAGGAAUGAAACUUUUGUGAUUUUAUUUGUGGUUGAUGCCCAGUGCCGGUAGAAAUGCUUGUAAUAACAUCUAUGUAUUAAAGCAGUUUCUACAAUUAUCAGAAUUUAAAUGUGUUGUCAUUUAAAACUAAUUUUGGCAGAUGGAUAUCUGUUGAUUUAAUUAAUUUGUACAAAUUCAUCAAUAUUACGGAGUUCCUCAUUGCUUAAAGUUUUGUUUAUCAUUGGUCUGUCACAUGUACAUGCAUUUCAUGUUACUCAGCAAGCACUCAUCAAUGUUCUCACUUCUGAAUUUAAACUUCUGUACAAGUAUGUAUUGUCAUUUUUAUUCCAUUUAUUUAGAGGUGUCAUAGUAAUAAAUAGAUCCGUUGAGCAGUUCGAUUUCUUUUCCUUGUUUGUUACUUUUAACAUUUUGCAGAGAAAAAAUAUAAUGCCUGUCUAUUGAGUUAUUGGAAAGUAAUUAAUCUCAUUAUAAAGCAUAUUUUGUCCUCUUCAAGUAAAUUUUGGUUUUCAAAUGCUGAUUACUUAACUUGAGGUAAUUAUAUAUAUAUAUAUUGUAAAAUUUUAAUUCUUUUUUUUUUGUAAUUUUUACUUAUAAUAGAGAUGAAGAUGUGUAUCUUAAUGUUUUAUAAGCCAAACCAUUUUUCAUGGAACUAACAAACUUAACACAUAUGUUUUGAUUAGUGGGAAUUUGUAACUCGGUCAUUUUUCUAGAAAUUUUUAUCAAUCUUAGCAUUUUUACGCUGUAACUUCCAAAUAUAUUUCAAUUAAAAGAGGAAUUCAGUAAUAUACCAAAUAUUUGUCUGUAUUAUUUUCGUAUUAACUUAAAAAUAUAUUUUAUUAUAAUAUCAUUACUAUAUAAUCAUUAAAAUGAGGCUCAAAAUAUUUUCAUGAUUAUUGCUAAUAUUUCAUCCAAGAUUCAUCCUCUCUUCCAUUAUUGAUAAUCAAAAUAGGAAGAUUUGGCUAAUUUUAAUGUAUGGAUUCAGUAUUGGGUAUACUGUUAAUAAAAUUUUGCUGUAUUUCUAGUGAUUCUUUUUUUUAAUACUGAAAUUUUUAAGCUCUACUGCUGUUUUUUAUAUAAUAGGAUGUGUAAAGAAGCAGACAAAAAAUUUAAGGAAAUACAUAGCACAAUAAGCUAUGGUUAAGGUUUGAAAAAUGAAAUGAAUUAUGUCCAUCAAAAUUUAAAGUUUAAAAUCGAGUUUUUAAGUUUUAAACCAUAAAAAAUAAGUUAUACAUAUUUAAUUGAAAUGUUUAGCAAAUAUUAAUUCUUACAAACCACUCUCCAAAGACAUUUAGUUGUAAAUAAUGCAUUAAUUAGGAAAGGACAAAAAUAGUUAAGGGAUUGAUUUUAUUUUUCUAAAUACAUUUUUAGAGAAAGCAUUGAUCAAAUACUUCCUACACUUUCACUACUAGGAUAUAUUUUUUAAUGCAGUUAUUAAUUUGUUCAUUUUCUGAAACUAUUUAUGAAAUUAUAUAUUUUUUCUGAUAAGUUUAAAUUGUGCUUAUUAUUUCUUUGCUUUCCUUUUGUAUAUCAUACGGGCAUAAUAUUUUAUUUCUCCAAAUUGUUUUAUUUAUUUAUGGUAAGCAGUUUAAAAUAAGUUUAUUAAUAUUUUGUGAAAGUGAUAAAGUAUUCAUUGGAUUUUAUAUAAUUUUAUUGGAGGGAUGAAAAUUUUAAAUUAUAUCUCCAUGUCUUAUUCUUCAUGUAUUCUUUUUGGAAACUCCAAGAUUUUUUUUAAUAAUUGAUAUAUGGAUGUGAAGUUUUUUAUAAUAAUUUUUUUAAAAAUUUUAAAUUUAUAAUUAAGGAAUUUUUGAGAUUUUUUUGUAUCUAAUAGUAUAAAAAAUAUAGUAACAGAAAAAAACUUGUACCCAGUUUUAUGUAAUAUAUUUAAAGGUAUUCAAGACAAAAAUUGUAAAAAAAUUAUGCAUAUUUAAAAAAGUCUAAAAAAAUUUUUGAAAUAAAAAAAAUUUGAAUAGAAAUAUUUCUGUAUAGAUCAAUACAGCUACAAUUUGCAAAGUAAAUGUUCUUUUUUCAUGAGAUUCCCAAAUUGCAGCUAAUGAACAUGCAUGAGACUAACUGCGUGAAAGAAUAAAAUAUUUUUCUAUGGUGGCAACACUGAAGCUGCAAAAGCAGCAUGGUGAUGUUUAGUUCUAACAUAGUUAAAUUUAUUGAAUGGUUUGUUUAUUACUUGAGAAACUGUGAGAUUAUUCAAGGUAAAUUAGAGAUUUAAAAAAAAAAAUAAUAAUAAUGAGCCAUUAGAAUCCGUAUGUAAUACAAAUUGGAUAGAUAAAAAAAAAAUCAAUCCUGAUUUUGCAAAAUGGGUUCGAGGAGUUUGACAAAAUCAGUUUGUUGUGUAUUGCUUGCUUUGUAAGAAGAAAAUUAGUCUAAAUAAUAUUGGAAAACAGGCACUUUCUAGUCAUGCCAAAAAAGGAAAACAUACAAGAUUGUGUGCCAGUUCAAAAGUCAUCACUGAUGCUGGACUUAGUAUCUAAAAGGAAUGACAUGUCAAAUCCGAAAACAUCAGAUUUAAUGUCUGAAUAUAAAUCAAUUUCGAAUUUUUUAGAUCAAGCUCCAAAAUUUAAGGUGAAUUUUUUGGAUAUUAUGUUGUGUCACAUUCUUCCUUUAGUGCAUUCAAUGAUAUAUCAAAAAUAUUUUCAUAUAUGUUCACUGAAAGUUAAAUAGCUCAAAAAAAUGAAUGUCAGGAAUGCAAAAAUGUUAUACCUUAUUUGUUAAGGAUUAGCUCUAUGAAACUGAUAACUGAAAUAUCUGCAGAAAUCAAUGCCCAAAUACAAAAAUGAAUAAGUAAAGAAAAGUAAUCUUGGUUUGUAAUGCUUUUUCUUUUUUCGUGGUUGGGUAAUCAUUAAAUGAUUUGUAUCAUGAUAAAAAAUGUUUUGUAUUUUAUUUCACCAAGUCCUUAAUUUUGUGUGAUUUACAAGUUAAAAAGCAUAUCCCCCUGCACCCCACCUUUAAUAUAUAAAUUUUUUCUUGCUAAAUUGUAGAUAAUAAAUUAAAAUUUUUUUAUGCAAAUAUAAAACACUGUGUGUUUGUUGAAUUUAAUGUUUUUUUUUUCUUCUUUUUUUAAUAUUAAUAUUCUGCCUUUUUUUUUCUGUUGGAAUUUGUUCUCUGUUGUUUUAGAUCGUAUGAGUAUACAAUGGAAAAUAAUAUAUAUAUAUUGAAGGAAAGCCUUUUUAUUUUUAUCAUUAUUGUAGUUGAUAUGUAAUUUUUACUAGUCGCCUUUGGCAGUCAUCUUUUUCACCAGGAAUAUUGAUUAUAUUUCAUUUCAGUGUAAUCGUGCAAAUAAAACUUCCUCUCCACGAU